CCAUGGACUUGUGGCUAUGGAAGUCAACCAUGGCUUACUACAGCCUUGUUUUCCCAUUCUCGAACUAUAUUAUACUUCUUCUUCUUCUUCCAUUCAAAUUCCUUUUCAGUUUUUCAUAGAUACGGUAAAAUUCAGAACCCCAUCAUCAACCUGAUGGAGAAAUCAGAAGAAAAAGAAGAAAGUGUCGAUUUGAGUCGAAUAUCUCUUCGACUCUUUAAGUCCGCUGACCUGGAUGAUGUCUUGGUGUGGACCUCCGAUGAAAAGAUGGCCACUUUCUGCUCUUGGGAUCCUAAGAGUGGCGAAGAUAAGGGCAACGAUCUCAUCAAUAACAUAGACCCCGAGUUGCCGUGGCGACGCAGAGCAAUAUGCCUGAACGACCGUGCUAUUGGGUUUGUUUGUCUUUACCCGAUUUCAGCUGAUGAUCAAAGCAGGAACAGAUCCUUGGAACUUGGGUAUGUUAUUGGUUCGAAAUACUGGGGUAAAGGGAUUGCCACGUUGGUUGUGAAAAAAGUGGUUAAGGAGGCUUUCACUGAGCAGUGGUUGGCAGACUUGGAGAGGAUUGAAGCUCUUGUUGAUGUGAUGAAUGUUGGGUCUCAGAGAGUGCUGGAAAAAGCUGGUUUUCAGAGGGAGGGAAUUCUUAGGAAGUAUAUGUUCCACAAAGGAAAAUCCAUAGAUAUGGUGAUGUUCAGUGUUUUCUCUACCGAUCCUCACCUUCAUUCCUCUAUCUAAAGUAUUCAUUUUCAUUUCCAUUUCCAUUUUAGUCAGUGUUUUGUUUGAGGUAGUAUUUCCUCAUGCUUCUUGGUUCUUGAGGCGAGAAUGUUAAGUCUAGAAUUUUUUAAUUGUUCUUAGCUUUGUGUUGAAUUGUUUCUUCGUGUUGCUCGAAGAUUUUCCAUGUUGCAACAAGUAGUUGCAAGCAUAGUAUACUUCUUGAACGGUUCAAGAAGUAUUCUUCAUCUUUCAAGAAUUGUGUAAUAAUACUUUAAAUGGAAAUGGAAGGAAAUACAAGUUUGAA